AUAGGAAGUCACAAGUUUUAUCGAAAGGUCCUCUCCUUGUUUCAGCAGCCGAACAGCAUAAAGAUACGUCUGAAGAACCAAGGUACAUACAUAAAGCCUUCAUAGUUCAAGACUUUCAGAGAGCAUAGAGCUAGGCUUCGCAGCGUGGUGCUCGCCAGUCACCAUGGGGAGGUCGUCAUCCACGGAGAAGCUCGUGUGCGUCGUCGUGGCGGUCCUCGCCGUCCUCUCUCCGCUGUACAUCGACCGGAAGCCCGCGGCGGAGAGAGACGAGGAGGACGACGGCGGCGGCUUCGGCUCGGCGCUGUGGCUGCGGGCCCUGCUCGUCGUGCUCGUCCUGGCCAUCAACGUGACGUGCUGCGUGGACCGGCGGGUGGUCAGGUUCGACCCGUACUGGAUACACCGCGUGGGGGGAUCCUCGUGCGGGCUCAUGGCCAUGCUCCUGCUGCUCGGCUUCGUGCUCAAGUGUAAGGCAUCCUUGUAUAGCUAGUUCGAUGGUCGUGGUCUCGGUUUUUUCGGAGGAUGUGUCAGGAUCAGAACAUGUUUUGCCAGAUAAGUGCAAUAAACUUAGUAUUUGCCGCAACAGAGGCUCAUAGACCUUGUGUGUAUUUAUAAGCAUAAGCAUUAUAACUUACAACUCACUCCUAAGUUGUAACGCUCGUGCUUAUAAAUGAUACUGUAUAAUAUGCGUCUUAUGACCAUAUUACAUCGUUGCCCCGUCUCCUAAAAAGAUGUCCUCCUCGCUCCUCCCCACCACCUCCGGUGGGGCUUACAUCUGCACAUCCCUGCCUCGUUCCCGCCGGCGCUGGUGCUACCGAGUAAUCAAGGCUGCCGUCGUGAGACGGUGUCGGUCGUCAUGCUGUCUCCCUGGCCGGUGUCGCCGCUUGGUUCACCUCUGUUGUCGAACAUAAGCAUA